AAUGCAGAAUUUCUGAUCCCAAGUGAAGUAUGGACGGGGAGGAGACUGGCCACGUCGAGCUCAGCUACAAAGUGCUCCAGGACCACAUAAAUAAGUUGACAGAAAACCAGACAAACAUCAUAAACAAAUUCGAAGUGUUAAACAAAAAUGUGGAUGACUUGAGGAAGGUCCUGGCGCAGUUUUCGGAGAAAAUUGGCGCUUUGGAAGAAGUUACAAAUGAUAGGAAGAAGCUUAAGCUUGAGAUAAAGGUCCUGAAGAAUAGGAUAGAUGAGCUGUAUGCUAUCGUGAAGGAAGGGAAGGAAGAUGACUCCAGUCCAGGGGCUGAUGCCCAGGAUGUGGAGUCGUGUCACUCGGGCUUCUCCUGCUCGUCUAAGGUGACAAUGACGACCGGGCUGGACAGGGACACGAUACGGGCAGCCUACGAGGAUGUACGAUCCGACACAACGCCCACUGAAUGGGCGGUGUUCAAAUUCGACGGCGCCCGCAUCGUGUGCUCGGCGCGGGGCUCAGACUUCACGGAGUUUCGCACGCAGUUCUCAGACGACGACCGCGCCUUUGGAUAUCUCAGGUUGCAAAUGGGCGACGAGAUGUCGAAACGCAAGAAGUUCCUGUUCGUCACGUGGGUGGGGCCCAACGUGUCGGUCAUCAACCGCGCCAAGAUGUCCACCGACAAAGCCAUUAUUAAGGACAUCAUCUCUAAUUUUGCAGUAGAGUUACAGUUGGAAAAUCAAUCCGAAAUAGACAUCGAUCAAUUCAAAGAUGCCCUGAAUAGGGCGGGAGGAGCAAACUACGGGACUGGGGUCAGGGAUUUAUGAAUUGCACAAUAACAUAUCCGCCUAUAUCCAAACAUAUCAGCGCUUUGAUUUUAAAACAGGCCUCUUUCACUCAGCCAUAGAGCACUUAGUGAAAGAUAGCUCCACUUAAAAUCAAAGUUAUGAUAAUUUUUUUAAUGAUUAGGCCAUCAUCAGGCCCAAAAUUGAUUUUUCUAUAAGUAGGAAUGUGCUUUUUAUUUUAAAUUUUUAUACUGGUGUGAUUAAGUUCAGCAUUAGUCAUUUUAUCCUGUUUUGGUCGAAAAGAAACCUAUUUAUUUUUUUACUAAAUUGAUAUUCGAACUUAUUUUUUAUUUAGUGAAAUUUAAAAAUUUCAAUAAUUUAUUUUUUUAAAGUCAUUGUGCAAUUAUUAUACUCGAUAAUGUAACGUAAGGAUUUGCCAAAAAAUCUUAAGUGAAUGUUGCCAUGUAUAGGGCGCGUUAAGUGCAUUUAUUUUUUUGUCUACCUGUAUUUUACUGUGACGAAAUUUUACAAUGUAUUGUAUACAAAUGAAUUUGGAUUUAAACUGGCUUUUAUAUACAUUGUCUAGUGUUUAUUACCCAGCAUUAUUGGUAAACGAAUUGAAGUAAAUACAUACAUUAACCAAACGAC